CAGUGUGCCUCGCGCCGUGCUAGUAAGAGGUGGGGUGAUACAGGGCGAAGGUCCCACCCAGUUUCUCGCGUGGCAAACAGUGAGGGUCGACAACUUUGCCGACAUUUACAAGACGCUAAAGUUGUUUUGUUUUGUUUUUUUGCUUCGCGGGAUUAAUUGUCACUCGGGAAGCAAUGGUUUAGCAGCCAAAGAAUGUGGUACUUGUAAACAGUGGUUAUUCCGUUGACAAGUUAAUGUUUUUGUUCAGGCAAGCGGAAGGACAUAGAUCAAGAACAGCAAUACCAAUAUUGAAAUUUAUUUUAUUGUGAAUCAAAAUGUUUCGUAAUUAAGAAUAGACAUAAGACAGAUACCAUCCUGGAGACUCGGGAUAUUUACAAGGACUUUCGAAGGUUGAUGUUGUGACGUCAUGGUUGAAGGAAGACGGGGGAGCGUGGUGGUCUCCCAAAACAAACUCCUCCUCCUCUUCUUCCUACUCCUGGCCCUCUCAACCUCUCCCGUCUCGGCCCAGCAGCAACAGCAGGAACAAGGGCGGUUCUUCCGAGGAAUAUUCUCCUUGCCUGAGCAGUGUUUCCACAAUGGCGUCCAGGCUUCCUGUACCUUCGUCCUCUCCUGUCUUAUGCGAGGAGAUACACCCGUCAAUAAGUGUGGCGGAAGCUUUAUCUACACUUGCUGUUUACCCACCAUCGCCACAGUGAGGUCAGAUGCUGUCAGACACAUCAACCUAUUCAAUAGAGAUCCUCCUCCUGUUGUCAACAAUCCUCUUGCUCGGCUACGACUGCCGUUUCGUCGUCAGAGACCUUAUUAUCCCCCGAGACACUGGAGCCCUAACAGACUCCCAGUUCGUGUGGGCCCAGUUAUGAGCUCGAACAGACAACAGUUCAGCGCCCCCGUUGAAUCCAGAGUCCAGCGACCCCACAGUCGUGUUAAUGAACCAGAAUGUGGUAUUGAAAGAUCAACUCAGUUUUCGAAGAGAAUUAUUGGAGGUGACGAAGCCAAUUUUGGAGAGUUCCCUUGGCAAGCGCACAUCCGCAUCUCAGGUUAUCAAUGUGGUGGCGUUCUCAUCAAUCACUAUUUUGUGGCCACAGCGGCACACUGCAUUCACAAAGCACGACUGGAUCAGAUCACUGUCCAUCUGGGCGAGUUUGAUACCAAAGAUACAGGAGAGCAUGACGAGCCCCUCCCUAAGGAGACAUUUACUGUGGUAGAGAAGCGAAUACAUCCAAGUUUCAAGUACAUGCUUACCCAGCCUGACAGGUUUGACGUAGCUGUGCUCCGCCUGAACCGUCCUGUUGUAUAUCGAGACAAUAUCAUACCAAUAUGUCUUCCGGAUCCUAGUGAUGAUUUUAUUGGGGAGGUUGGCAUCGUGGCAGGUUGGGGCAAGACUGACAACUCAUUUGGAAAAACGGGUACCAACAUACUGCAGAAGGUGCUGGUGCCAGUGAUCAGCAAUGAUGAUUGUUUACGCUGGCACCACCAUAAGGGGAUUGACGUUAAGCUCCAUUUUGAAAUGUUCUGUGCAGGACACUCCGAAGGCGAGAUGGAUGCUUGUCUUGGUGAUUCUGGGGGCCCUCUGGUUAUCCACAGAAAUGGAAGAUGGGUUCUAGCAGGGAUUACCUCUGCUGGAUUUGGUUGUGCGGUGGACCAUCAACCUGGGAUUUAUCACAAAGUCUCAGUCACCUCAAGUUGGGUAACAGGAAGUGUUAGAACUUGAUUGUAUUUGUAAAGUUAGGUAUAUUAGGUAGGAAAAUUGAAAUUUUUAGUCAAUUUGUUUCUAGUGAUUAGCUAAGAUCCCUGUUAUGUUACUGAAUUUUUAGUUCCACAAAUAAUUUUUGUAUGUAGAAAUUAACUGUGACCUAUUAGGUUUUCUGUCUUACUAUUUUUUACCAAAAUCAUUUUAAAUGAAGUGCGAAACUAGAAUACAGUACUACUUGGAUCUUAGCGUUACCAAUACCUGUAUACAAAUAAUUUUCUCCAUCCUGCUACUAAGUACUGUACAGGCAGACCCCAAUUUACGAAGAUCUGAUUUAUGAAUUAUCUGAAGUCAGUGAUUCCCACUGCCCCCACAUUUCAGAUUCCAUGUGAUAAAUCCAAAAUUACACAUCUUUCCCUGUUUUUGUAAUUUCUUCACAGUAUUGGACGAUGAUGAGGUGCUGACACAGGCAUCUCAGGGUUUCUUGUACCAGACCUGGCCAGUUUAUAAAGACAGUUAAUCUAAACACAACAUACAGUACUGUACUGUAUUAAGAGUGGUUAACAAAUCUAGAAAUAAAAUACAUGUAGCGUUUUAGUUAUCAUGGCUCACAAGACCACUACAAGACUCUCACUCAAGGGUUUGAUCUGAUGUCAAUAGAAAAUAAAAAAUAAAAUCCAGUGAAAUCAAAUACAGUAUAGUACAGGUAUCUCAAAAUGCAGUAGACAUAUACUAGUUGGUGCAUUACUACAAAAUUAUAACCAUAUGUCUUGGAUGAGCCUCACAAUCUCAGUGGUGCAGUUCCUCAGUAAUGCUCAUGUCCUCUGCUGUAUGUAUUUCACUCAUUAUGAUUAUUAUUGGCUGAUAUAUAAUCAUUGUUUAUACCCAAAGUUUUUAAGUAAAAAUGUUUUGGAGUGUUAUAAGACAUUUUGGAGGUCUUUUUAUUAUUAUUAUUAUUUUUUCAUAUGAAAGUAUCUCAAUUUUUAUAAUGGGAGUCUAUGGGAAAAUGUGUUUCAAUUUACAAACAAUCGACUUACUGAAGGUUUUCAAGAACAGAUCUCUUUUGCAAAUUGGGGAUUACCUGUACACAUGAAAAACAAAUUAACCGAAUAAAAUUGAAAUAAGAAACAAGGCAUAAACAUGAAAGAAAUAUUAAUGGUUGAUAAAAAUAUGUACAGUACUGUACUGUACAUAGAUUAUCUACUACCCAUUAAUGGAAAGCGUUUCAAUUACAGUCGUGUCCUCUUUAUGAGGAAGUCAUUACCUGAAAUACCCAUAUAUUAUUUUUUCAUUGAAGUUUGGAUUGUAAAUCUGACAAUCAACAUUAUUCCCUUGAACCUUGUUCCUCUGUCUUUACUGCAGCAUAACAGGUGAAGGGUAAUAAAAAAAGCUGUUCACCUGAUGACCCCAAAGUGGAAUUUUUCAGGGCUGAAGUCACCCUGGUAAAAAUUUAUGAGCUUAAAUUUCUUAGAUUAAACUUGUCAGGAUUUUCUUGAGCUUGAAAUAACUUAAAUCUCUGGGCAGAAAAUGUGUACUCUACAUCAGUAGUCAGUGGGCCGUACAUGUAUUGUUUCUGCUCAUGUUGUCUUGGGUGACCUUACAUUUUUUCUUUCUCUAGUGUGGUAAAACCUUUUGUUUACUGUAGAGGUCAUGACACUAGGAUCUCUAUGUAGAUAUUGGUAAACUAAUCAUCAGAACUCAACAUCAUGAUUACUAAGUAAAAUGAAACCCUAAGUUAAUUUACUAAGAUUUGAAGCUAGUCCUAGCUGUUAAAAUAAAUUUGUAGACUCUUACCGAUGCGUCACAGGGACAAGAAUGACUUCUAUAAACAUAAUGUCCUAAAUUACAAGUCUUUACAGGGAAUCAUCCUAAAUUACAAGUCUUUACAGGGAAUCUUUUUGAAAGUUAUUAUCAAGAGACUUACUCCAUACUUCUUCAAGUAUGCCUAACCCACACAAGGGUGGAAAUUGGCUGUAAAAUAAUGAUGAUGGUGACUUUUCAAAAUCAAGAUUGCUCGCCUUGUUAUUCUGCAAGUAAUAUUUAUGUUGCAACUGUGAUAGUGUGUGUUUUUUAACAAAUUAUCAGUAUCAAAUGUUUUUUAUAAUAUAUAUUUCAAUCUCUUUAUGUAUACAAAAGUUUGUAGUGUCCAGUAUUCAAAUCUUCUUCAAGUAUACAUGUAAGAUACCACUGAAGUUGAUUAUGUAUUUGUUCAUAUUUAUAAUUGAACAACUGCACCAAAAUCUCUUAACAAUGAACAAUACAGUACAGAAGGGGAUGCUUAUAUGCAAUGCAUAAAUCUUUUUUUUAAUUUAUGGUUGUACACAGAAAAUUUUCAAUGCGACUAUCAGUAAGGGAUGUGUGUCAGGAUCUAAAUACACAAAAGUGAACAGAGGUGCAUUAUCUUUAGUUUUAGACUUGUAGUCUUCUAAAGGAGUAUAGUCACUUAACUAAUAGAAUACCCAGAAUCUAUAUUUUUCUUUAUGGAAAUUGUAUGUAAAAUCUUGAAAUGAACAUAACCUGCAAAAUCUGAGGGUGGUAAUUGUAUUGAGAGUGGAAAAUAGCCAUAACAUAUAGAUGAAGAUAUCAUUCUGUAGCCAUUAUGGUGAUGAGGUUGAUGGGUGAAGUUGUGCUGACAUUGGUGGAACUGAGUAAAUUUGGUGAAGCGAUGUAGUCAUGCUAGAAAAUUUAACAAGUCCAAGCUGGCUAUACACUAUAGUGCUUGUAAUGCUGUAGUCAGGGCUUUUCCUUUAUCCUCUUCACCACUGAUCUGCCUGUUUGGAAUUAGUGUGGUGACCAGAUACACGCAUUAUGUGCCAGAGAAUAAGGGCACUUAGGUGUAAUGACACUACUGCAAUGCAUUUUGGAGUGAAGUGUAUAUAAAUUUGGCAAAUACAAGUCACCCUUGUUUAUGCCAUCUCUGCAAUAACCCAUUUACAUAUUCACAUUUUGCUAUUUACUUCCCAGAUUUCACUUGUACUAGGCUAAGGUUCACACAUACAUAGAUUUGCAUCAAAAUUUUCAUAUUUCCUGCACGUAAUGUAUCAGGGGAAACAUGUCACUCUCCAGAAUGUAUCUGGAACUUGUUGUGUGGAGACAUUUGUUUUACAGUAGUUGUAGACUUGAUUUUGUCCAUUAAUAAUAGCUCUCUUAAAGCAUCCUUCAGGUUCUACAAGUAAAGAACAUCUUAUGAAGAAGAUAUUGAGUAGUCUUGAUAAGGAUAAAACAGUUACAGUGCCUGGCAGUGAUGGUGUUCAGUUGUUUCAAUAAAGAUAUGCCACAUUCUAUUCAUUCUUCCAUAUAAUUGCUUUCAGAUGAUGCUAAGCUAUUCAGAGAAAUUAAGAACCAAAUGGACAGGAAGAUGUCUAUCAAUUUCAAGAGUGGACAAAAGAAUGGCUGUUAAGAUUCAACAUUAUGAAAUGCAAGAGGAUGUACCUAGGUCAUGCCAGUAGUAAGGAGGUGUAUCAUAUGCCCAAUAUGAUGAAGAAGCAUCAUUAACUGAAACUAAAUGUGAAAAGGACCUGGGUGUUUAAGUUGACAAUGAUCUGUAGUUCUUGGAUCAUUGUGAGAAGAUGGUGAAUCAUGCAUUUGAACUCUACUGUAGUAGAUCGCACACAUGCAUUGAUGGUCCGUCCCUCAUAAGGCUCUUCACUGGUAUAGUGCUCACCCAUUUGGAGUACAGUACAGUACUGACAUUCUCUUUGGUUCCUAAGAUUUACUUAAGACUGUCAGCCGAUUAAGAACAUCCAAAAGAAGGCCACUAGACUGGUGCCUGUAAUUUAGCACCUCACAUAAAGCGAUUAGAAAGCCUUCAGCUGCCUAAUUUAAUACUUGUACAGAUGGGCAAGAGGUGAUAUAAUAGAAGUUUAUAAACUCCUCAAAGGACAUUACUCAGUCAAGUCUUCAUAUCUAGAGCUUGCAGAU